CGCUAAGUCCAUUCCUCUCUCUCUCUCUCUUCAAUCUCUUCUCCUUUAGACGCGGAAAGUCCAGGCCAUCAGUCUCCAAAUCAAGAUUUCCCACGUUUGGACUGGAAGAAUUUCUAGGGUUUAUCUACAAGGCUUUGAGAAAAAGAAAAAGAAACUGGAGUUGCCAUUUUUUUUUUUUUUUUUUGUUAGGUUAAUUCUUUCUCAAUCCAAGCAACAAGGAUGAGACGGCAGGGGCAGUAUGCAGAUUCCAGAGUCAAUCCAUUGGUUGCUGCUCAUAUGCAGCAAAUGUCUGCUCAAAGAAUGCAACAUAAUUCUGCAAUGAACCAUUUUCCUGGAAGGCCAGAUGCUUUCCCCACUGAUGAAGAGCAUAAAUACAUCUCUUCAAAAGCAGAGGGACAAUGGCAAUGGGAUAGAGAUGGACCAAAAGGAUCGGAUGCAUUGCCUUCACAUCUAUACAAAGAUGGUCAAGGGAGCGAUGCAGCUCGGUCAUUGUUUCAGGGUCAAAGAUCUGAUUCAAAGCUGGGUCUAGACAAACAAGCGAACAGAGACCCAAGAGCCCAGUCCCAUGAGCAAGAUAUGGACGUUGGAUAUGAGGAAUCUUCUCUGCCACAGACAUUUGAAAGCCUUGAACAGAAAUUCCUUGAUGAGAUUAUGAAAUUAACCAAGGAGCAGCAGGAGGCAGAGGAUGCAGAAAAUGCCAGGCACAGGGAGAGAAUUGGCGAGAUCAAUGCUCAUUAUCAGGAGAAGCUGACAGGGAUUCGAGUGCGUCAAGCUGCCCUCAGAGAUGAGUUCCUCCACAGGGAAUCACAGGUUCGCCAUCAUCAGUACCAGCAAGCUGGGUUGAGCCCCUACCAGAAUAGCGCUGGCCCAAGUGAUGCCCGUGGGUAUGGUACUGCUGCUGGUGCUGCCUCCAGUGCAGGCCAGCUUGACUCCUACAGGGAGAGGGUGCAGUAUCUAGAGGGUGCUCGGAAUCACAGCUUUGAGUCGAGGGGUCCUUACCCUGGCGGCCGUUCUUACGAUUCUGGCAAUCGCUAUUACUGAGAAUCACAUUCCUACUUUUGUUUCCUGCUGCCGUUUGAGCUUCAGUAAGUAGGGAGUAACGCUAAUUCCAGAUGCCCUUUCUUCAAACACCAAACGCAAACAUGUCACAUCGCCAACAUCAUGUGUUGGAUCUGGAUUUGAUGGGGUGGUAGGGAUGGUGCAUAUGUUCCAUACUAAAAUCUGGUGGGAUGCACGUUCAAUAGAUAGACGGACAGCUAGGAAAGUGAUAAGCAAUGGUCACGCGUGUUGAUUGGCUGAUGAAUGGGUGGGUCUGUUUUCUAGUAUAGGAUACAUCCACCACUAUGCAUGUCCCCGGAUCCCACAUUCAUGUGCCACUGUGGCCAGUGGGUGCAUUUUUGUUUGAUGGUAGAAGACAAGGGUGUCUGAUCAAACCAAGGUAUCUUUUUUCAUUUGCUCAAACCCACAUAUACAUAUCUUCUGUUGUAUGGUUGCCAGAGCAGUUUCUAGUUGACGGGCAAUUUUAUGCGGGUUUCUGCUGUUAUUUUAAAUUUAAAUUUAUUUAUUUA